UGAGCGUGAAGGAAACUGGCAUUUGAACAGGAACGUAGCUACGCUGCUGUUUAGUGUUUUUCUGACUUUCAGUAGACGUUAGUGAUCUAACUUAACAAGCAUUAAUAUCUACCAAGAAGUCUGUGUGAUAGGCUGCAGGCGCGGAGAGUCUGAGAAGACAACAGGAAGUAUGUGUGAAGAAAUCUAAGCUUUAUUUGAGUGGAAGCAAAAGCAAAAUCAUCCGUCAUGGCCAAUGAGACAACAGCACAAGCCUUGGAUAUUCAGGAAAAUCUAGAGUCUGAUGAAAAUAUUCCCCCUGGAGUCAUUUCUGCAGCUGGAGCUCCAAAGCUCAAGGUCCAGGUGGAAGAUGUGAUAGGAUGUUCCUCUCCACAGCGACGUGAGGAAAAUAAGACCCUUUCUGACAGCUUCACCUUUGCGACUCCAGCUCCAGCCAUUGGCAAUGGUGGUGGCAAGACAAAGUCACGACUCUCUACUCUUCAGUCUGCUCUAACACCAGUUUUAAAAUGCCUAAAUAUUGGCAACAAAUGUCCUUCUCUGCGAUCAGCAGGUGGUACGGAGACUCCUGUGUACUGUCUGGCUGAUGAAUCCUUGCCAGAAAUUACUUUACUUGAUGAUACAUGUGAUUCCGCAAUGCAUCUGACGAGGAAUGACUCCGCUCUUCCUGACAGUACAUGUGUGACACCAGUAACAACCAGGUUUGCCACUGCCCAACGCCCCCAGUUUAGUUUCUCCACUAACUUAAAGUUAAAUCCUGAAGUCCAACCUCCCAAACUGCCAAAGCAUAUUAAUACAACAGCAGGUACAGAGAAUAAUGAAAGCAAGUGUGCUCCUGAAUUCUGGCUGGUUGACUACUUUCCAGAAAUUACUCUUCUUGACAUUACACGUGAUUCAGAGGUAGGAGAGCAAAUAUCACCCGUGGAUGUAAAACGGGAUGUUCCAGAGCUCGGUGGACAAAUUUCUUCAGAGUCUGGUAGAUCAGACAUGAUUCAAAGCGAAGAGAGGUGUUUGGAGGAUAACACAGUUAAAACGUCCUUGGAAACAACUCGGGAUAUUACAAUGGGCAGUGUUUCGGAACACAGUAGGUCUUCAUCAGAGCCCAGUGAACAAAGUAUGGUGAAGCUUCAGACAUCAGCUGAGGACACACUUGGUUCUCAACCUGCUAAUGUUACUCAUGACAUAAGCUCCACUAGUGGGAUGUCUGCUCAGUGUCCACAGGUCUGUACUUCUGAUAUGGAGUGCAACACUAGUUCAAAGACAGUCACCUCAGGGCUGCUUGAUGAACACAUGGAGUCUCCUGGUACUGUGGAAACUAACAGUGAACUACAGACCAGCCAUGACACCAAGUUGACCAGCAAGGUGCCGCAACUGAACUCCACACCAGAUGUCUCUGUAAAUGGCACAUUUAGCAACAUGCAGCCCUCUGAUCUGAGCACCUCUACCAAUUUAAACACUACUCGUCAAAUUUCUGGCCCUCAAAAUAACACAAUUGAUCUUCCUCUGUCGAAUGCAUGCAGUCCAAAGGUGGAGAAUGAAAGCACUGAGCAGGCAGCUUCAGUUACCAUUGAACUAUCCCUCGAUGCCAAUCAGAACUGCUCAGCUGUUAAGGGAAGUGGUCCAUGUGCUGCGCAGAAUGCCACAUUUGAUAAGCAUUCUCUUCAGAAGUCCAGUGACAGCAUUGUCAUGGUAGAAGCUGCUGCUGCAACGCUUCACGUCCAGAACAACACUUUCGAUUGUAAACCUCCCUCUAAACAGAAUGGCACAAUAACUUUGUCAGAAACAAAUUCGAGUGACAGUCACCAGAGCACGAUGGACAAACUGUCCUCUCCUAAAGUCUGUAAUCUAACCGCUAGCCUUAAAGAAAACAAUUCAGAAGUCCACCCUCCUGAAAUGUCAGAAAAUGCAGGGAAAGCAGCUCCUACAGACGAUAAUGUCGAGAUGGCUGAAACCCCUGACGCUGCAUGUGAAGCUGAUCCUGUUGUGAAGGAAGCAUCUGGAGCUGGUAGACGUGAUACUAAGGAUCAUUCCCAGUCAGGUCUUCCUCCAUCAGAAUGCCUUUCUGACACUUUAAAUCAACAAAGCAUGGACUCGGAGAACAGCAAACGAAGCACUUUCAAUUUGGAUGACAGUCUCGAUUUAAGGGCAGACUGCUUGGUUACGUCAACGCCAAUGACUAAAAACUUUAACUUUGCCACUUUGCCAGUGGAAGGCAAAACCAUAGGUGCACAGAAAAAACUGUAUGGGGACGGUGUCAGUAAACCAGCUGAUCAAGUGCCAUCAGAUAUUCCGUCGAACCUCGUCUGUGACCGUAAAACAUUUUUCAGACAACCCGCCACUAGAACCCUUUGCCUUCCUUCGAAAGUCGCAUCCCAUCUGUGGAGACCCAAACCAGCCUCUGCACUGCCAGCGCCGGCUGAACUGCGGACGUCCUGCCUGCCCAUGAAAAGACAAAGAACCCAAGUCGACACUUUAAAAAAUGCCGCUGCUUCUGAUGCACCACAGGGGACCACAGGAAUAUCAAGCUCUUACAACUUACGUCCGACAACAACAGGGUUGCGGAGACCACAGCUGAGCGGCAUACCGUCAGGCAUCCAGAGAGCUGCCCCAGGUCUCAGGCCACCAUCAGCAAGAAGCAAUACACAAGCUUCUUCCAGCACUGACAGACUGUGUGGACCUACAGCUGUUAAUCCUGUGACUAAGACUUCACAAGCAAAGAAGCACCCUUUAACCAGAGGUGAAGCUUUGCCGCUGUCGAAGAGGAAGAAAAUGGAUGUACCAUCCAGUGGUGGUGAAGCCCCAGAAUCUGCUAGUGAUGCGAACAAAAAAGCCCUGAAACAACCUGCAACCAGUCAGAAAGCUGCGCCAGCUAAAACCCAAAGAGAUGCACCUGCAAGUACAUCUGAAGUCUCAACAACUUGCGAUGCCACAAGCAGAGCCAGAGCCCUGAAAGCGCCUGCAGGCAGUCAGAGAGCUGUACCUGCUAAGACAAAAAAGGAUGAAGCUGCAGUGCCUACAAGUGCUGCUGUAGCCUCAACAGCUUGUGACGCUUCGAGCAGAGCCAGAGCCCUGAAACCGCCUGCAAACAGCCAUAAAAAUCUACUUUCUAAACCCCAGGCCCAUGGUAAGCUGGGUUGUGCCAACUGUUCCGUACUUGAACAGCAGCUCAAAGUGAAAUCAGAAGAAAUCAAGCGACUGAAUGAAGGUUGUGGUGAACUUGCAGAGCAACUCAAAGAAAAAGAAGAAGAAAUAAGGAGACUAAAAGAAGAGCUGCUAAAGUACAGUAAACAAGAGGAAGAAGCUAACGCGUCAAUAAAAUCCCAAAGUUAAUAUUUUAUGCCAUAUAUUGUCAUUAAUAAUGUUAACUUAAAGUUAACUUUGAAAACGUUUGUUGAAUAAGUGCAUUUUAUGUUUAAUUGUAUCCAAAGUACUUAUAUUUAACACUGCUCUACUAAUUACUAAUUGAAUGAAUUAACUGGUCUUCAUCAGAAUAUUGAAAGAACAUGAUAGAGAUUUGUUUGUAAUGAGGCUGAAACUGUAAUUUUUUGGUAAUUAUGUGUAGAUUAAACACCUUACAUCGUACUGUUUGUGUAUAACAUUGGACUGUGGAUGUCUAUCCUGUUUAAUGGAAUAGUGGGGUUUAAUGGGGUUGCCAGUGUUUUACUCUGAGAUAAUUGAAGGCUCUUUAGGGUAUGUAUGAAUCUUAUAUAUUUUAAAUAAAUAUGCUGUGAAAUAAA